UUGAACUUUUAUGUUGUUUUUUCUAUCUCGGGGUUUGGCUUAGAAGGAAUCGUCCAGUUUUAUAAUGUUUGGUUGGAAUAUCAAUAACUAUGAUAUUAAAUUAGAAUUAGCCCGUUGUUCCAAUGGGAUUGUGUAUAUGGCGAAAUAUUUGCCCAAUCAACAAUAUGUGGCAGUUAAGAAAUUUAAUUUGGACAAAAAUGGAAAACAAGUGACGGACAAUAUACAAGAUGAUGUGCUUAUGAUGAGACUAUUUAGCCAUCCGAAUUUACAUACAUUCUAUACGGCAUUUGUAAGAGGCAGUGAUUUGUAUUGUGUGUCACCCUUAAUGUGUUUUGGUAGUUGUCGGGAUACAAUACGCAAUUGUUUUGGUACCGGUUUUCCUGAGAUAUUCAUUGCCCUUAUAAUGCGAGAUGUUCUAUCUGGUCUUGAAUAUUUACAUCGCCGCGGCUAUGUUCAUCGUUCCAUAAAAGCUAGUCACAUAUUGUUGAAUCAAACCAAAGCAGUUUUAACGGGUUUCCGCGACUGCACCAGUUUUCUAUCGCACGGUGGCCGUGUGACGGUGCUACAUCAACUACCUCCACAAAGUAUACGCAGCCUCAAUUGGUUGGCACCGGAAGUAUUAGAACAAAAUCUUAUUGGCUAUACAGAAAAAUCUGAUAUUUAUUCGAUUGGUAUCACCUGUUGUGAGCUGGCAAAUGGUGUAGAGCCAUUUGCCGAUUCGCAGCCUACAUUUAUGUUCACCGAAAAGAUACGUGGUAAUGUUCCCACAUUGUUAGAUCGUACCACAUGUCCAGCAGUCGAUGAAAUGAUUGAAAUUAUAGCCACUGCCAACAAAACUGAUUCCACAAUUGCUGCCGAAACACAACAAAUCUAUUUACAACGAACAUUCUCCGAUGAAUUCCAUCAAUUCACCGAAAUAUGUAUGGAAAAGAAACCAGCCAAUCGAUGGUCUGCCCUAAAGCUUUUGUCGCAUUCGUUCUUUAAACAAUGCCGCCAUAACAGUAUUUUAGAUGUAACCCAACGUUUUGGAAUGCAAUUAUCCGACUAUGAACAAUUAAGAGAUGAAAGUUUGCAGCUGAAUAAUGAGCUGAAUGAUCUAAAUCUAAAUGACGACAAUGCCUGGCAAUGGGAAUUCGAAUAAAUGGGAUGUACAAACAAUCAAGUUGGAUGAAUGCUAAUUAGAUUUUAGCAUGGUUUUCAAAUUUAUAGACUUUAAGCCUUAAUUGCAAACAAGAUUCCAAAAAUUUA